UCACUGAGAAUAAAAGGGAGCUGAUGGAGGCGAGGAAGAAAAUUUUAGAGCAAGAUGCACGUAUACAAAACCUUGAAGUAAUGGUGUAUAAAAAGGGUACCAUGUGCGAUAAUUCGAUUGAUGACAAAGGCAGUUGCUCAGUAAAGUUGCAACCCAUGAUUGAAGAUGGCAUGAAAAACGAUGAUGAUGACCUACAAAUUUUGUGUCAAGCUGAUGUUUUGCAGGGAAAACCAGAUGCAUUGACAUUGGAAUCUAGCACAAAUAUUGUUGCACAUGGUACAAUUGUUUGUGGCAAUGAAUCUAAUAAAAUGCUUCAUGGUGUUCCAUUUCCAAAUAAUUGCAUGCGAGUCUCCAUUGAUGAAGCAGUAGAAAAAUCAGCACCUUUGCCAUAUCCAAUUCCAAGUGAAUUUGAAGUAAUUGGUGAUGCUGUAGGAACCCAUGUGGCUUGGCCAAAACACUUGAUAGUGAACCAAGAUGAGAAGCCUCGAAGGAAGAAGCUUGAACAACCAAAAAAGAAACUUACUUUGUCAACAAGUGCCCCAAGAGCAUUACAUAUGUUAUAUUGUUAUAGUAAGCGUGCUUUAGAUGAUGGCAGAUAUAUAUCAGUGAGUUUUGAUUAUGACGUGUUUGAUGAUGAUUAUGAACUUGUUCUACACCUUGAGGACAUCAUUCCUUUGUAUCAUUUGGAGCCCCUUUCAGGCAAUUGUGUAAUUGGCUACAUAUGGUAUCUUUAUAAAAAACUGCUGAAAGAUAACAAGAAAGAAAAAUUCAGAUUUGUGAAUCCACAUAAAAUCCCAUAUAUGGCAACCAGUGCACAUGACAAAAAAGGUAAGUUUGAAAGGCUAAACCAAAGGGCAAGUCAUUUGGCAGGCAGGCUAAGUGGUGCAUCUGUAGAUCAACUUGUUUUGGUGCCAUGUAAUAUCGGGAGAAAUGCUCAAACUACAUGGUAGAGAUGGCAUGGAUAGAAAAUGUGGAUACAGGACAGUCGAGAUCAGUACACUAAGGAGCGUCUGGAUUCAGUAAUUGAUCAGUACACUAAGCGUAUGGAUUCAGUAACUACUGUACUAUUUUGAGUAAACAGAUUGUUGGCUACUUCAGUAUUCAGUAUUCAGUAAACAGAUUGUUGGCUAAACAGAUUGUAGCUGUUCAAAACAGAUUUUUUGUGCUCUUUUGUUUUAUAUGUGAAUAUCACUAUAUACUUUGAAACAGAAUUAGUGUAAAUUUUGAUAUUUACUAGCUUUUCAUGUAAUUAAUUAUUAAUAUUACUUCAA